AUGUUCACCUUGACGACCUCCACCGUUCUCGCCCGCCCCGCGGUGCGCGCGCGCGCGCACGCGCGACGCGCGACGCCGAUCGUCCGCGCGAACGCGCCGACGGCGAAUGCCGCGAAUUUCGCGCCGACGCAGCGCCAACAAACGCGCGAAGUCGCGCAGAUCGCGGGUAAAGCGCCGCCGCCGCCGCCGCCUGCGCGCAUCAUCACCUCCGCGCAGUACGUCACCGCGUUCAGCGCCGUCAUGGGCGUCUACGCGCUGCAAAUGCUCUUGGUCCCGGCGAAGAUGAUCACCGACCACUUCAACGCGUCGGCGGAUCAAUUGACGCAGUUUUGGAUUCGCGGCUCCUCGGUCGCCUUCGCCGGCCUCGUGUACGCCGUGCAACAGCUCGACGUCGCCACGGGCGCUAAAAUCGCGCUCUUCGCGUCGUUCGCGGUCGGUGUGCUGUAUCCUUGGAACGCCAAGUGGAACUUGUUGAAGAACAACUUGUCCGUCAAGUACCCGAUGCACUACGUCCCGGAGGCGUUGAUGGCGUUGCUGUCCCUCGCCGGCGCGUACUGCGUCUACCUCUGAGCGCCGCCGGCCCGCGGCAUAUAUAUGAACAAUAAAACUGCGCACCGUCUGGGUUGUAACGCACAUCAAAUCACGCCGAG